GCUUUCCAGGGCGGACCCACGCGGCUGCAGGGAGGAGCCAGAGCCCGCCCGGCGGCGUCCGAGCGCAGAGCUCCUGUUGGAAACGCCAGACCUCUGUCAGCCCAGAACAACUGGGACGGCCUACCUCCGUCCUUCACCGCUGAGACUCGCUGAGUCCUUGCCAUGUCUUCUCACAAAACCUUCAGAAUCAAGAGAUUCCUGGCCAAGAAACAGAAACAGAAUCGUCCCAUUCCCCAGUGGAUUCGAAUGAAAACUGGUAACAAGAUCAGGUACAACUCCAAGAGGAGACACUGGAGGAGAACCAAGCUGGGUCUGUGAGGAGCUGCGCUUCAGCAUGAGACAUGUCACUGCCGACCGUCAGCUAAGGACACCACCGCCACUGGGCAGUGACAUGUGACCACGCCAGUAAUAAAUGUGUGAGAUGCUUUGAAAAA